UCGGACCUGUUCCCGCGGUUUCGUCCCGCCAUUGGCAGGCGGUUUGAAUGACGGAAGUGACGGCGGCUCAGCGAUGGCUCUCCCGCAGGCGCAGAGACGGCUGCUGGGCAGCUGAUGGGCAGGAGCUUCCCAGGCUGGCUUGCUGAGUUGCGGCUACCGUGUCCAGGUUCCGGGUUCUCAGAACUGUCAUACAUAAAGUACAUAGAAAUGAAAAGAAAAGUAGUGAAUGCUCGGAAGCUGAGAUUGAGUCCUAAUGAGGAAGCCUUCAUUUUGAAAGAAGAUUAUGAAAGAAGACGAAAACUAAGAUUGCUACAGGUUCGAGAGCAGGAAAGAGAUAUCGCCUUACAGAUAAGAGAAGACGUAAAACAGAGGAGAAAUCAGCAAUUUACACGUUUGGCAGAGGAGCUAAGGGCAGAAUGGGAAGAAUCACAAACUCAGAAAAUAAAGAACUUGGAAAAACUAUAUUUGGCAAGUUUAAGAAGUAUGGGAGAGGGACAUCGACAGGCCAAAGAAAAUGAACCUGAUUUGGAUGCUCUGGCACAGCGGGCAGCAGAAAGGAAAAGAAAAGCAGAUUUGAGGCAUAAAGAAGCCCUGAAAGUACAGAAAAAGCAAAAAGAAAUAUUAAUGAAACAAAAAACCUGGCAUAUAAAAGCUCGAAAGGAAGCACUGCUUGUGGAAAAAGAAAGAUCAGCCAAAAUUACAAGUUUGCCACCUCCUCCUCCAACUCGUUUUGAGAACAUUGAAAUAAAAAGAAUUUCUGCAGUCAAAACCAAUAGUUCUACCUACCAUCAUCUUCAUACUUUUGUGAAUAGAGAGAUAGACACAAAACAGCCAGAUGCUCAUUUGGCUGCUGAAGAAGAAGCUAAACGAUUGGAAGAGCUACAAAAACAGGCAGCACAAGAGAGAAUGCAACAGUUUGAAAAGGCACAUGUACGGGGAUUCCAAGCAAUGAAGAAGAUCCAUUUGGCUCAAAAUCAGGAGAAACUAAUGAAAGAACUCAAACAGCUACAGCAAGAGGACCUGGCACGUAGGAGACAGACUGUAGCACAAAUGCCACCACAACUAGUUGAACUUCCAUACAAACGCAGUGAAAUGAAGGAAGACUGGCAGAGAGAAUUGGAAUUUGCCUUUGAAGAUAUGUACAAUGCAGACAGGAAGGUAAAAGGGAAUCUGAUUUUGCACCUUGAACCAGAGCCUUUGCCCACUGUGACUGAUCACAUCCAAGAUGAAGAGCUGGACCUAUCAAUGGAACAAGAAAAUUUGGGUACAGCUGAAGACCUUCCAGUGACAGAAGCUGAAAUAAUAUGUUCUAGUGAAACAGAUGUUCCCUUGGCAAUGAAGACCCAAAAGAUUCCUUCAAAAGUUCUUUUUAAAAAAUUGUUAAAUAAGAUCCGAAGCCAAAAAUCUCUCUGGACAAUUCAAUCCAUGUCUGAGGAUGAAAAUGAAAUGAUUACGACUGUUAGUGAAAUUGAGAGUAAAGCACCAACGAUUGAGUCAGGAACACUUGCCAGCGAAGAGAGAAUGCUAUCCUCUGGGCAGGAACAAGUUGUUGAAAGUGAUACACUAACAAUAGAGUCUGGACCACUUACUAGUGAGGAUAAAUCACUUUCGUGUGGUACAAACUCUGGAAAAGAACAAGAAAUAAAAGAGACUCUGCCUAUCACAACUGUAGCUCAGAGUUCAGUUCUACUUCAUCCUCAAGAAGAAGCAGCCAGGAUUAGAAAGUCAGCAAGGCAGAAACAGAUAAUGGAAAUAGAAGAGCAGAAGCAAAAGCAGUUGGAAUUACUUGAACAAAUUGAACAGCAGAAAUUGAGAUUAGAAACUGACUGCUUCAAGGCUCAGCUGGAAGAAGAAAACAGAAAAAAAACUACUCAACAGACUGGGGUUGGCAUUGUUCCAGCAUCUUGCACUGUAAUUUCUGAUGAAGAUAGUCAUAGGCAAUUGAUUCGUAACUAUCAACAUCAGCUUUUACAACAAAACAGGUUACACAGGCAGUCUGUUGAAACAGCCAGGAAACGAUUACUUGAAUAUCAAACCGUGUUAAAAGGAAGGUGCCCAUGGAUGUCAGCUCCAUCAUUGAUAACUGAUUCCACUGUAUCAGUGCCAUCAUGGAAAUCUGAGAGACCAAGGGCUGUAUCAGAGCAUUGGGAUCAAGGUCAGAGACUCAAGUUGAGUCCUAACAAAUACCAACCCAUACAGCCUAUACAGACCUCCAAAUUAGAACAAGGUCAUUUUCAGGAAGCCAGACAAAAUCACUUUCCACAAAGACAAGUGGAAACAACAGAAACAUUAGGUGUUUCAAAUAUUUUAACCAAUCAGUCUUUAAAAUCACAAGAACAUUUAAUGCAGUUCUCUCAGACUGAAACACAACAGAGAGACUAUAAAUUGAUCUCUGAAGAUUCUGAGACACUUUCAAGGGCUUUGUCACAUGAUAGGCAGCUAGUAUCACAGGAUGCUAGAAAAAUAUCUGAAACAUUUAGGGUAACAACUUUUCAAAGUUUAGAUUCCCAACAGAUGUUCUCAGAGAAUAGUGAAAAUACGUCUUCCAAGCCAACUGAACCUUCUUCAUUUGUACCACUAUUACUUCAGCAUUCUUUUAGUUCUCCACCUGUUAAAGUUGAAUCAGGAAAAAUGCAAGAACCGUUUUCAACCAUGAGGAAAAGUACAGUUUCCACAAGCCAUGCUAUCGUCAGCCAGAUGCAUGAUAGGCAUUUGCUACCCUCAGAGAAUAUCAUAGCCCAACAAGGUAAUAUGAAAGCCCUCCAAGAACAGUUAGACCUACAGAAGAAAGUUCUUCAGGCAAGACAGGAAGCUCAGGAGCAGUUGCUUUUGUGCAAACAGAAAGAAUUGGAACAGCAAACUGGCCUCUCAGUAUUCCUUCCCUUGGUAACUCCCAAUUCAUCUGCUUUAUUGCCUUCUGCCAAAGCUGAUUUGGGGAGCAUCCAGGAAUCUUCACCAGCCAAGAAUAAUACUGCAAUUUCCUCAGACCAUCAUGUGAUCUCACAACUUCAGGAUAGGCUUUUGAAUUUUUCACAGCCUAUCUUAUCACAGCAAAAUAAUCUUAAAUUUCUCCAAGAGCAGUUGAAUAUUCAGAAGGAUAGCCUUCAGGCUAGGCGAGAAGCCCAGGAAGUAUUGUGUGUACAUAAACAGAGUGAAUUGGAUGGAAGAGCAUGUUCUGAACAGUCUGAGCCCUCUUCUCUCCCUUUUCAGAUAGCUCAGCAUAUAUUUACUUCACUACCUUCUGCUGAUAGAAAACCUGGAAAAAUCCAGGAGCAAUAUUCAUCUAAGAGCGAGAAAGGACUUGUUUUUUGCCAAUCUGACAUCCCCAAAACUCAGGAUGGAUCUUCGAGUUUCCUACAGCAGUUCCUACCUCUACAUGAUAGUUUGAAGUUGCUCCAAGAACAAUUGACUAAGCAGAGGGAUACUCUUCAGGCUCAGCCUGAAGCUCAGGUGGCAUUACUCUUACAUAGACAAAGAGAUUCAGGAGACAGUAAGUCUGGGCUGGUGAGCUCUUCAUCCUUACCAAUGGUGGUUAAACAUUCAGUUGCUUCACAAGCUUCUGCUAAAGCUGAGCCUAGGAGAAUUUCACAACAUAUACUACCUCUACAAGAUAAUUUGGAGGAACACCAAGCAUGGCUAGACACUGAGAAAUUCAGCCGGAAAACCCAAGAAAAUACAUCUUCUGAACAAACCGGUUCAUCUUCAUUUGUACCUCAGUUGGUACAGCUUUCAUUUACUUCAUUAGCUUCAGCUGAGUCUGGCACAAUCCUGGAACCUCUUUCAAUAGAAAGUGAAAGUAAAAUUUCUUCAACCCAUCUUCAGAUCCCACAGUUGCAGAAUAGACUUUUGAGGAUAUCACAACUUAUCCAACCUCAACAAGAUAAUUUGAAGGCACUUCAAGAAAAGUUAGCUACACAGAGAGAAGCCAUCAUUCUAGCUAGACAAGAAGCUCGGGAAGAAUUACUUUUACAUAAAUGGAGUGAAUGGGAGGGAAGAAUAUCUCCCAAGCAGGUUGACACCUCUUCCUUACCCCUAAUACCACAGCAUUCAUUUGCCUCAUUACCUCUUACUGAAUCUGAAAGAAACCAAGAACCAUGUUCAAUUAAUGGUGAUAAUAUGCUCUCCUCAGGUCACGCUGAGAUAUCAAGAUUGCCUGAUGGGCUUUUGGGUUUAUCACAUGUUGUUUUACCUCAACAAGAUAAUUUGAUUGCACUUGAAGAAAACUUGCAUACCCAGACAGAUUUCUUUCCUUCUAUUGAGAAAACCCAGAAAGAAUUGAUUUUGUCAAAACCAUGUACAUUUGAGGAAAAGGUAUCUCCUGAGCAUUUUAUCCAUUCUCACCAUAGUGAUUUGCAAGCACUUCAACAGCAGUUAGAUGCACAGAAGAAAGCCAUUCGAUCUAGUCAAGAAGUCCAAGAAGAAUUGCUUUUGCAAACAUUAAGGGAAUUGGAGAAAAGAGUAUCAUCUGAACAAAUUAGCUCCUCUUCAUAUCUAUCCCAGAUAGUACUGCCUGUUGCUGACUCUGAAAGAACCCAGAAGUCUCUCCCAACCAAAAGUAAUGAUACUGUUCCCUCAGGUUAUCCUGAGAUCCCAAGGUUACAGGAUAGACUUUUGAGUUUAUCACAGUCUAUUCUGCCUCAGGAAGAUAAUUUGACAGCUCAAUUGGAUGUACAAAGGGAAGUGAUGUAUUCUUACGAGAAAUCCCAGGGAGAACUGCCUUUAAAUAAACAAACAAAGUUGAACAAAAGUGAAUCUGCUGAGCAUACUAUCCCCUCUCUGUUGCUACCCAAGGAAACAGAGCAUUCAUUUAUUCCACUACCUUUUGCAGAAACUAAACCUAAAAGCACUUGUGAAUUAUACUCAUCCCAUAAUGAACAUGCAGCUCCCCAAAGUGAUCCAGUGAUCCCAGCAUUUCAAGAUAGACUCUUGAGUUUUUCACAGCCUGUCUUAGCCCAGCAAGAUAACUUGGGACUUCAGAAGCAGUUGGAACUACAAAGAGAAGUUCUGCAUUAUAGCCAGAAAACCCAAGAAAAAUUGCUUGUACAGAGACAAACAGCAUUGCAGCAGCAGAUACAGAAACAUGAUGAGACAUUGAAGGAUUUCCUUAAAGACAGUCAGAUAAGUAAGCCCACAGUUGGAAAUGAUUUAAAAACUCAGAAGAUGGGGCAGCUCAAAGAGUGGUUUUCUAAUAUACAAGAUCUAGCAGGAAAUGAUCAGGAAGACAUUAGGCAUGCAGAUAGGAACAACACUGAUGAUAAUCAGCUGGUUUCAGAAGAUUCUAGUGCCAAGCAAAGUGGUGAGCAUCUGGAAAAAGAACUGGGUAUAAGAUCCUCAAAGCCACCUGUAGCAAAAGUCAAAUAUGGUUUGGACUUAAACCAGCAUGAACUUAGUGCUAUACAAGAAGCAGAGUCACCAGCAAGUGGCAGAACUUCUAUACUAGGUAAACCGGGUGUUUAUCAAGAAAGAGACCCCCUGAGAGUCUCAAUAAGCCGAGAACAAAAUUUCUUUGCCAGCCCAAUGGCCUGUUAUUCAUUUGGUUGUCUUCAACCAGUUGGCGAGAAUGUCUGUGGUGAUGACCAUGAUGAAACAGGGACCUAUCCAUGGAAUUUUUCAGCAUCUUCAAGGACUCUGAUCUUGCUCCUUUCCCUCACUUUUAUUUUUAGUACUACCCAAAUCCUGCCUUCUUCAUUCAUACCUCGGCUGAGGGAGUCUUCUAGGUAUAUUACAGUUAAGGUCAAGGAAUCUGUUACUGAAAAUCAUGCAGUGUUAAGUUAUGCUGUGGAGGAAGAACAUACAUAUUUGGGUCCAUCUGUGAAGCCAGAUGAUAAGACUAAAACACUUUCUCAUGAGCCAUUAUCUUCAGCAACUGUUUCCACUGGGAGCCUUUUAAGUUAUGAAAACACAGAUUUGAGCCUUAUAGAUCCAGAGUCAUUUUCAGAGCACAUGGAUGAUAGCGAGCAAGAAUAUACCACUGGUAAAGAAGAGGAAACAAAUAUUUUAAGUUCCAUAGUUCCUUCAACACAAGAUACUUAUCCAUGGCAGAACUCUUCAGAUGGUCAUAAAUCUCUGUUAACUGAAGUGGACAAAACUACAUGUGGUCACACACACUUUCAGGAAAUGAUAGACAAGUACAUUAAUGAAGCAAAGAUGACACCUGAAAAAACAGAUUUGCAGGUUGACCUUGACUUUCCAGAAUUGGAACACAUUUUUCCUAAUCUGCAUCAUCAGCUGUUUAAACCCUUAGAACCACAUCCAGAUUUUGACUUAUCAUCAUCCUCUGGUAUUUCUCCAGACAACAGAGACUUUUACCAGAGAUCAGAUUCUUCAUUUGAAAGCCACUGUGCUACUGGAUCAUCCAAAAGUACAAUUUAUUUCACAGCGUUGAGGACCGGCAUGCAUUCUCUGAAUCAACAACCUGACAUUAACUUGGCUCAUGUUGGAGCUCACAGUUUUGCUACAGAAAAUAUUAUGGAGGGGGCUGAACAAUCUUUUGAACAGCUUCUGCCAGAAUGUUCUUCACAGGAGGGGAGCCAGCAUGCUGAUCUACCAAGUAUUUUUAGCACUGAAGCAAGAGAUUCUUCCCAAGACAUAAAAAAUCAGAACUAUCCCUCUGAAGAACAUACUGAAGUAGUACAAAACAAGAAAAAAAGUGUUCAUUUCCAGCUUUCUAUAGGAAAUUUAAGUUCAGUCUGCAGUUCAUCUGAUGAAGCUAAUGUAUUUCAUCAGUUAAAUGUUCAGCAUAGCACUCCAUGUGGUUCUAACUGUAGUGAGUGCUCAAUAAAACACCAACUAGAAAGCAGAAAGGAAAGGAUGGGCUUUGAAGAACUACCAAAAAGAGGGGUUGUUACGUUACAAAGUCAAGGACUCACUGAAGAUAAUAAAAAUGAAAGCUGUAGGGUUUUAGACAUAUAUCCACAGGGAGAGGAAACUGAUUCUCAAUUCUGUGUAAGAACAGUGGAGAUGGGAACUUCAGUUCAGGCACCACAUUCCCUAACUACUCAAAAAUAUUCUGAGAAUUCACCUGAAACAGACAUUCCAAAAAUCACCAAUCAACUAUCUGAAAAAGAACAUUCGGAGCUUUUUGCAAGUUCUGGAUCACUUUCAUUGCAGAGCUCUAUACCAGUCUGGGAAACAGAAUCUGGCCAUGGUAUAAUGGAAGAACCAGAACUUACUUUAGUAAGCACCAGUGAUAUCAGUAUUGCUGAAAUAGAUUUUACAAAUUUAACCUUAGAAGAAAAGGGAGAGGAUGAAGCAAAAAGCUGUUUAAAGGUGAGUGAGUUUCUGCCUCUUGUAUCAGAAACAGAAGCCUCAGAUUAUCCAGCUGUAUCAGAACUUUCCAUAGAAAACCCAAAGACAGCAUCUACAGAAAGUCCUCCAAGGUUUACACCUAUAUCCAGGAGCUUACAAGAAGCAUUUAUAAAGAGGAAAAAAACAUUUAUGGAGAGAUCCCACCAGAGGCAAAAAGAAAUAACAAUCAAAGAGAAACCAUCUAUAGGUUCAUCUGUGAGUCGUUUAAAGGGUGUGAAUAAAGUCAGAGCACUUCCUGAAGAAAGACAGACUACACAGGCUCUCAGGCACCAAAGGAGUCUAAGGUUAUGUAAUCAACUAGCUGAAGUGAAACAACAAAAGGAACAAAAAGCAAAACAAGAAGCUUAUGCCCAAAACAGAGCAAGGGCAAAAGAAUUCCAUAAGAAAACAUUAGAGAAACUUCGAGCCAAAAAUACAUGCUGACUUUUAGAAAGUGUAAACAGUUUUUUUUAAAUUGUGUAUAUUUAAAGUCAAUAAAUUUUUAUUCAAAGAA